AUGGCUGAGCUUCGCAAGGAGAAUGAAGCCCUCAGCAAGGGAGGAUCUACAGCAAGCAGGAGCUGGGUGCUGGACAUUGCGGUUGGUGAAUGCGAGUUUGCAAGUGCCUUUGCUUACUUCCUGGAAGUGCAGCUUCAGGGCCAUGCCGAGAAGCGCCGCACUGAGACUUCGCCGCCCUCGGAACGUCCGGUCUUCGCGAACUCCAGCCUUCUGUUGACCGUAGGUGCGGACUUUGCGGAGGAGAAUCUCCAGGUGUCGGCGUUUCUGAACGUGGUGGAUCAUUCCGCCUCGGAGCCUGCGCCUGCGGCAAAACUUCUCGGGACGGGAGUCUUGCCUCUCCAAGAGUUGAAGGUGCCCGCGUGCAAUCAGGAGAGCGGGCAUCUCCACAAGCAGACACUUGAUCUCAGCUGGAUGCCUGCGCUUGGCUCGAGGGUGCUGGAGCUGGUGGUUUGCAAGCAUUGCUGGUAUCGGCAAGUUAGCGCAUGUCAGUAUGUCAAUCACACAACAUCGGAGCCGGUAGAGUCAACUUGCCGCUUGAGUCCACUGCUCAAAUACCGAAAGCCGGAAGCUCAGAGGCAGAAGGUGCCUUGCAUCGUCGAGACACUCCGAGCCAGGCAGCCCUUAGUUCAUGCACCCUUUUUUCACAAAAAGAUGGCAUGGGCCGGGAGCUCAACUGCAAUGAUGGAGCCGUGA